UUCAUUAUUUAAAAAUUUCCAACCUUUGGUAUGCAAUUAGUUAAUGUAUUGGACUUUUUUGCUAAACAUUGUUACUUAUUACUUCGCAUUUGUAUAUAUAGUUUUAUUUGCUUUUAUAAUGCUUUUAACAACUAGGUAUAAGCAAACUCGUAUUAUUUUCGAUUCUACGUGGGACUCAAAGCUUUAAUAGUGGACGUGGACACUGGACGACGCUGUAUAAGUGACCCUUAGAAUCAGUUUGCUAAAACUAUUUGCAUAAGAAAAAAAAUAUUUCGCAUUUCAGAUCUCUGCCAAACAUAAUCGAUUUCUUUAGUUCCAUAAAUGAUUUUACUUACUUAUGAUUAUAACGAAUGAGGCCAAUUUCAAAUGAGGUCGCAUUAUCUGUAAAAUUUGUGCUUAACUACUUAACGGAGAACAUCUCAUAUAAUUACACAAUUGUAUACAAUAAAUACAUAUAUGUCUUAAAGUGAAAUUAUUAUCUAAAAAAAAAUAUUUUUCCUUUUUUCUUAAUCACCCAGACAUUUUAAUGCGCUAAAGAACAAGAAUUAAUCAUUAAAUAUUUGAAAGUUAUGUAGUCAAUACAUAAAUAUGCUUAAUACGAAUGUUGAACUUUCAUUUUUAUACAGUUUAAAAAAAGCGUAUUUAUCUUCGCGAUAAGCAUUGAUAACCAGAAAUAAAUUUGCGAAUAGAACAAAUAUAUAUAAUGAGACUGCUCUUAAUUAACUUUGUAUAGCGGCAUACGUAGUUCAACAUGUAUAGCAAUUAAUUGUCCCACUGUUAAUAUUAUUAGUUCGAUGUCUCCUCUGCGCAAACAUUAAAUCUUGUUUGCAAACGUGUUUUAUUUUCAUCUACGGAGUAUGUUAACUGUGCGUACCCGAAUAUAUCGCAGAAUAAUCCUUCUGUUAAAUCCUGUUUUAAUUUCAAGUUGCUAAGCAAAUAAGGCAAACUUUGUUCUAUCAAUCACCAUGGACAAACCGACGAUUUUUAGCAAGGGCAAUGUUUCAACUGAAGGCAAGAACACCGACAAUUUAUUAAAAGAACAGAAUUCUGAGGCUCCAAUCCAUCAAAAUGGCAAAUCAUCCUCACAAUUGGGAACUUUGGCUGAUGGGCAUCAACCUAAAUUACCUUUGUACGCCAAGUCUUUGCGGGUUACCGUUUACCUGCUGAUUAAAGUGCUAAAUGUUGCUUAUGCUCCUGUGUUUUUAUAUCGGAUGUUUCAAACACGUAGUAAAUGCUCUCCUGUAACUGAUCCAAUUUUGCGAAUACCCGCUGUUGACUUGGCUAGAAAAAUUCGAAGAAAAGAGCUAUCUGCAGAAGAAGUCCUGAAAGCGUACAUAUCGAGAAUCAACGAAGUAAAUCCGAUGCUUAACGCUAUAGUAGAAUCUAGGUUUGAAGAAGCUUUGGAAGAUGCGAGACAAGUUGACGCCAAGGUUUCAGCGAAUAACUUUUUGGAAGAUGAAGCUGCAAUUGAGCAAGAUUAUCCAUUACUGG